AUUAAACGGCAUUGUUUUUGAACUUUGAGUGUGGAAUUCUAGGGGGAGCUCCGCCUAUUUGACUUAAGUCAUAUGCGCAUGCGCAUUUAUACGACUUAAACGCAACUUUUUUAAAAUUGUUUUUUUUUCUUUGAAUGAAGCAAAUUGACUAUUUAUAAGUCAUUAUCAGUGUUAAUUCACUAUUGUUGUUAAAAUUAUUGUUUAAAUUUUUAAAUACUACGGUAUAUAAACAAUUGACUUAAGUUGUGUUUGAGUAAAGUUAAAAUGAGUGAUUUUGAAGAAUGGCCCGAUCGUAUAGCGGAGUGUUUUGUUGGGAAAACUAUUUUGAUAACAGGCGCGUCCGGUUUUCUCGGAAAAGUGCUCCUGGAAAAACUUUUACGAUGUUGUUCUGGUCUGAGAAAAAUUUUCAUCAUAAUAAGACCUAAGUAUAAUUUGACUAUACAAGAACGUCUGGAUAAAAUCUUCAAAAGUCCAUUGUUUGAUAAACUUAAAUCAGAAAAUGAUGAUUUCUCUUCACUGUUUUCAAAAAUACAUCCUAUUUCUGGUGAUGUAGGUGCUGAAAAUUUAGGAUUAUCAGAUGAAGAUGUAAAAUUGUUACAAGAUGAAGUUGAGAUUGUUUAUCAUGUGGCUGCAAAUUGUCGUUUUGAUGAAACUCUGAAAACUGCUGUGUUCAUUAAUGUCAGAGGGACUAAACUGAUGUUGGAGUUGGCUAAAACAAUGAAGAAUUUGUUAUUAUUUGUACAUGUAUCAACGGCGUAUUGUCACUUACAUGAAAGGGUGAUUGAUGAGGUGCCUUAUCAACCGCCGGAAGAUCCCGAGAAGAUACUUACGAUUGUUGAGGGAUUGCAAGAAGAAGAGCUGGGAGUAUUUUUACAUAAAAUUUUAGAUGAUAUUCCUAAUACUUAUACCUUUACAAAAGCAUUGGCUGAAGGAUUGGUUAAUCAGGAGCUGUCAAAAAUGCCUAUAGUUCUUUUACGUCCUUCUUUUGUAAUACCUAUUUGGAAAGAUCCUAUUCCAGGAUGGACUGAUACUAUCAAUGGUAUAAUUGGUUUUGAGAUAGCUUCAGGUAAAGGUAUUUUAAGGACGAUUUACACUGAUGAAAACCACUACGCUGAUUUUCUCCCGGCUGAUGUUGCUGUUUCAGCGUUUUUAUUCACUGUUUUCGAAUAUUUAACUUAUCAAAAUAAGUUACCAUUAGAAAACCGACAAAAUAUACAUAAUAUAACAACUUCUUCAGAAUAUAAAGUGACAUGGAAGGAUAUAAAGUACAUUGGUGAAAGAGUAAUUGCUGAGAGAAUUCCUUUAAAUUGGGUUGUAUGGUAUCCCAAUACUCUUAUGACAACCAAUUAUUACCUCUACAGUGUUUUAUAUUUCUUCUGGCAUUUGUUACCAGCAUUAUUGCUGGAUCCAAUUUUGAUCUUUUUAGGUUAUGGUUCAGUGUUGUUGAAAGCCCAUAAACGGUUAUUAAAAGGAUUUGACAUGAUGGACUAUUAUAGUAAAAACCAAUGGGAGUUCCAUAAUGAAUGGUCCUUGAGAACUAGAGAAUUGAUGAAUCCCAAGGAACGACAGCGAUAUAUUUUAUUCGGUGAUGGUAUUGAUUAUAUUGACUACUUUUCUGAUUGUGUUUUAUCUGCAAGAAGGCAUAUGUUAAAUGAGAGUGAUGAUACAAUACCAACAGCAAAACGACAUCUAAAAAUGUAA